UGGUUGGAAAAAAAUUCUAGAUAUUACAACAAGUGUAGAAGCGAUUGAUUGAAAUCCCAAAUGAUUUCGCCCAACCCCAAGCACGGACUAGAGGCGAGCAAUUAAGGCAGGCAAAGCAACAGUUUAUCGGUUUCUGCUGGAGAGAGCAAGAGCGACUGGCGAAGGAAGGGGAGCAUACCAAGUGUAGAACUGUGUAGUAGACUAGUAGGAGAGGAAGAAAAAGAGCGCCCCUUCUCGUUUCCUUACCUUUCCUGCUUUCUUACGAUUGUGAUCGCUGUUCGACUACCAUUGCAGCUGGGGGGAGCAAUAUUGUCAAGUCCAAAGAAGCUCCACAGCCCAUCCACUCGAGCACAAUUUGCUCUUCCGCCGUUGCAGCAGCCUCCGUCGUUACUUCGGCUUCUGGGGUGCUCCCUCCCUCCCUAAUGGACUCUCUUAAAACUUAAGUCGAUCCAACUUCCGACUCCCCAUUUUCGCUAGAUCUCUCCUCACGAUUGACGGGCCUCGGUUUCAGUAAGCAAUGGCGCUUAAGAGGGGAAUGUCCGCCAGUCGGAACAACCGGGGCCCCGGUGGUGGAUCUCGAUUGCCGAUUACGGUUGCUUUAUUCUUCUUCUUGUUCUUGGUGGCGCUAAUGUUCUCCAUUGGUCCGUGGCUCCGCACCGGCGCUCCUAUUGGCGAAGCCAGUCUUCCGAAUGGCUCCAGUGACCAGGAUUUGGAUUGGAGAGAACGGUUGGCAUUGCAACACGUUAGAUCGCUUUUCACUAAGGAUGUCAUUGAUGUGAUCACAGCUAAUACCGCUGAUUUGGGGCCUUUUAGUCUCGAUGCUUUUAGAAGAAGCAAUCUGUCUGCUUCAUGGAAACUUGUUGGAGCUGAGGUUUCAGCUGACCAUUUAUCCUCUUAUGAGUUAAAGUCAAAGCAGCCAGCUAGCAUUGUCAAGCAAGAAGUUCCGACCAGAAAAGAUGAUCAGGCUCCAUUUAUUGAAUCACCUGAAAAAUUUGCUCGAAGGCAACUAAGAGAAAAAAGACGUUACAAACGUGCAGCGGAGUUGAUGCGCCAAGGAGAUGAAACAACUAUAAAAUUUGAAAAUGCUGCUAUUGAACGCUCUAAAUCAGUUGACUCUGCUGUUCUUGGAAAAUACAACAUUUGGAGAAAAGAGAUCGAGACUGAGAAUGUUGAUUCUACUGUACGCUUAAUACGAGAUCAGAUGAUAAUGGCAAGGGUAUACUUAAGUAUCGCAAAGAUGAAAAACAAGACUGAUUUUCAGCAAGAGCUACAAGCUCGGCUUAAAGAGAGUCACCGGCUCGUAGGAGACGCAACAGCUGACUCUGAACUACAUCAAAGUGCUCCGGAGAAAAUUAAAGCCAUGGGGCAAGUUUUGUCCAAAUCAAGGGAACAGCUAUAUGACUGUAAAAUGGUCACUGGGAAGCUCAGAGCAAUGCUCCAGACAGCCGAUGAGCAAGUCAGGAGCUUGAAAAAGCAAAGCACAUUCUUGAGUCAAUUGGCUGCGAAGACAGUUCCUAAUGGAAUUCAUUGCUUGUCUAUGCGCCUAACAAUAGACUACUAUCUCCUUCCUCUAGAGAAGAGAAAGUUCCCACGCAACGAGAAUCUGGAAAAUCCAAGUUUAUACCACUAUGCCCUCUUCUCCGAUAAUGUCUUGGCAGCUUCAGUUGUUGUUAACUCAACUAUCGUGAAUGCAAAGGACCCUUCAAAACAUGUAUUCCACCUGGUUACAGAUAAACUAAAUUUUGGAGCAAUGAAUAUGUGGUUUUUAUUGAACCCCCCUGGAAAGGCCACUAUCCACGUUGAGAAUGUAGAUGAAUUCAAGUGGCUUAACUCAUCCUACUGCCCGGUUCUCCGUCAGUUGGAGUCUGCUGCAAUGAAGGAGUAUUACUUCAAGGCAAACCACCCCACAUCUCUCUCUUCAAGUGCUUCGAAUCUGAAGUAUCGGAAUCCCAAGUAUCUCUCAAUGCUAAAUCACCUAAGGUUUUAUCUGCCAGAGGUUUAUCCCAAGUUGAACAAGAUACUAUUUCUUGAUGAUGACAUUGUUGUCCAAAAAGAUCUGACCGGCCUAUGGGCCGUGGAUCUGGAUGGAAAAGUGAAUGGUGCGGUUGAAACAUGCGGCGAAAGCUUUCACCGGUUUGACAAGUACCUCAACUUUUCAAAUCCUCACAUUGCCAGAAACUUUGAUCCCAAUGCUUGUGGAUGGGCAUACGGUAUGAACAUGUUUGAUCUUGAAGUGUGGAAGAGGAAGGAUAUCACUGGUAUAUAUCACAAGUGGCAAAACAUGAAUGAGGAUAGGGUACUUUGGAAGCUUGGGACGCUGCCACCAGGGUUGAUAACAUUCUAUGGAUUGACGCACCCACUUGAGAAGUCAUGGCAUGUCCUUGGUCUCGGUUAUAAUCCCAGCGUUGAUAAAGCGGAGAUCGAUCGUGCUGCGGUGAUUCACUAUAAUGGCAAUAUGAAGCCAUGGCUGGAGUUGGCCAUGACAAAGUACAGGCCAUAUUGGACCAAGUACAUUAAGUACGAUCAUCCCUAUCUGCGCAACUGCCGCUUAAGUGAAUGACGGAGAUCACAUUGUACGGCCAGGUACAUAGCCGAUCGAAAUGCAGUUUAAUUUCUCAAAAGGCAAUUGAUAAGGGUAUGAUGUACUCACUGCACGCACGAGAAGAAGGAAUGUAGCUGAGUUUUCUGUGCUGCACUUCCGUCGGAAUUCCACACACGAUUGUUUGUUCUUGUUCAGUUCUUCCCAUUCAUUGCAUUCGUUGGAAGCAGUUAGCUGAUAUUCCUUUCCAUCUCCCCCCAUGUCGACCUGUAAAAUAUCUGAAACAGGACUGUCCCUUCUCCCCAAUCUCCUUUCAACUUUUAGUUCUCUUGUUUUUGGUCCUGGACGGAUGUUUCAGGAACUGAGUUCAGUUUGAUAGGGGUAGGAAAACUCGACAUAGAUGUUAACGGCACGAGCGUUAUUUCGCCAAUGCUGUUUGUCAAAGUUGAUGAAUGACGGAUCCACUGUGACUCUAUUGUAACUGGACUUGCCGUCUCCUUGUUUAGGAGUCUUGUGCUAGGGUCACGGUUCGCCGUACUAUGAGGAGUGUCCAUGAAACCGUAAUGGCGGUUCAACCACGAAAUACAUGUAUCGGAGGCUAAACCGAUAUACGGUAUUUACCGGUAUAACGGUUGAACUAUGAUUAAAUCACGAUUUUGUCAUAAAAUAUCCUACCGCUGA